UGAGCAAUAUUGUUUUAUUUUUAUAGUGAAACAAAAGAGUCAUUCGAAAUCACCAACCACACCUUUUCUUGUACGACGGCAGGCCAAAGCUCCGACGACACUCCCAAAGUUCCCAACACCAAUAUCUUCGACAGAUUCUCUUUCUCUACUCUCUACUCUCUGUCUAUAUGCCUGUUUGAAUGGAAGCUAUCAGGAAACAAGCCACCAAGCUCAGGGAACAGGUCGCGAGGCAACAGCAGGAUCUCAAGACGAUGAAGAAGAUUGGUACGGGACAUGAAGCUGUAUUCAAGCAGUUUGGGGGAUAUGGAGGUUCGGAUGUUGUUGCGGAUGAGGUAGAACUCCAACAGCAUCAAAAGCUUGAGAAGCUUUACAUAUCAACACGGACCGCCAAGCAUUUUCAAAGGGAUAUUGUUCGUGGUGUGGAAGGUUAUAUUGUUGCCGGGUCCAAACAAGUUGAAAUAGGAACCAAGUUGUCAGAAGAUAGCAGGAAAUAUGGUGUUGAGAAUACAUGUACCAGUGGUGGUACACUAUCAAAAGCUGCAUUAAAUUUUGGACGAGCUCGUGCUCAGAUGGAGAAGGAGCGUGGAAAUCUAUUGAAAGCCCUUGGUACACAGGUUGCAGAGCCAUUAAGAGCGAUGGUAGUGGGAGCUCCAUUGGAAGAUGCUCGGCAUCUUGCUCAACGGUAUGAUAGAAUGCGACAAGAGGCGGAGGCUCAGGCUAUUGAAGUUUCCAAACGGCAAGCAAAAGUUAGAGAAGCAAUGGGUAACCCUGAGAUUGUUUCGAAACUUGAAGCCGCAGAAACAAAGCUGCAAGACCUGAAAUCAAACACGGCAAUAUUGGGGAAAGAAGCUGCUGCAGCAAUGACAGCUGUUGAAGCUCAACAACAGAGGUUGACCCUCCAGCGACUUAUUGCCAUGAUUGAAUCUGAACGUGCUUACCAUCAGAGAGCUCUUCAGAUACUCGAUCAGCUUGAAGGCGAGAUGAAAUCAGAGCGACAACAAAUUGAAGCGGCUCCUAUUCCGAGUGAGGACACUAUGCCUCCACCGCCACCAUAUGAAGAAUUUAAUGGUGUAUUUGCUUCUCCAAUGAAUAAUGGAUCAACUGACAGCAUGGGUUACUUUUUAGGAGAGGUAUUGCACUCGUAUCAAGCUGUAUCUGAUGUGGAGCUCAGUUUGUCGGUUGGUGACUACGUUGUUGUCCGAAAGGUAACAAACAAUGGCUGGGCAGAAGGCGAAUGCAAAGGAAAAGCAGGUUGGUUCCCUUUUGGUUACGUUGAGAGACGAGAACGUGUUCUUGCUAGCAAGGUGGCUGAAGUGUUCUAAAAUUUUGUAUGGCGUCAAUUUUCAACUAGUGGUGUUUGUAUGUUAGCUUUUGGUCUCUGGGCAUACUCGAGAGUUGUUGGAUCAUGUGUUCGUUGUUGCAUAUAUAGAACACAAGCACUUGCCUGCUUUUGUUUUGUGAUAUACACGGUGACGUUUAGCCAUUCUUACCCUUUUUUUUUUUUUUUUUUUUUUUUUUUUUUUGAUGAAUUCUCAAUUUCUUAUCGACUUAUGUAUGCAAUCUAUUCUUUCUUACUCAGAUUUACUUUCUUCUUCUUUUCUUUUUUAUUUUUAUUUUUUGGAAAUGGAUGGAGUUUUAUGGCUGAUAUUGGUAUCCAGUGAAGUUAUAUUUUGGUUUGGUA